AUGGCGCAAACCACGGCGGCUCAGAACGAGCCCGGCCACACAACGAAUAUGACCCUCGACAACUACCAAUUCCCGGCCGACCGGAUACGGAGACAGCUGAAGGAGCCGAACAAGACGCCGUUGAUCUUGGUUGCCUGUGGCUCCUUCUCUCCGAUUACAUUUUUACAUUUGCGCAUGUUCCCGAUGGCUGCGGACUUUUGCAGGCAUUCGAAUAGCGCCUACGAGGUUGUUGGAGGUUAUCUCUCGCCGGUAUCGGAUGGUUACAAGUCCGACUUUAUUCCCACAGCCAAGGUCCUUGACCACUUCGAGACCGAAAUCGAUCGAGCCAUCCCCGGCGGUAUCCUGUCCGCAGACGGAAAAGAGAAGCUUAAGCCCAGGAUUGCUCUCCUCGCCGGUGCCGAUCUUAUCCAGACGAUGAGCCAGCCUGACAUCUGGAGUAGCGAUGAUCUUGAGCAUAUCCUGGGUCGAUUCGGAGCCUUCAUCAUCGAAAGGGCGGGGACCGAUAUUCACCAAGCGCUAGCGAGCCUCCAGCCUUUUAGAGAGAAUAUUCACGUCAUCCAGCAAGUCUUCCAGAACAACAUGAGCAGCACGCAGAUCCGCCUUCACAUUAAGCGCGAUAUGAGCGUGCGCUACCGUAUGAUCCCCCUGCUUGACUUCUACGCCCUUCGGUCAUCUAACAUGCUUGUAGUCAUCCCGGACCCGGUGUUCUUUGAGGAAGCGGUAGAGGCCGGUACCAGAUCGUACCGCUGUCACGUCGACCAUCUAGACGACGUCGUUAUGCAAUGGGUUGCGAACCUGCAGCUCGACGAAGUCACCGGCGAGAUGGUAUCCAAGACCGAGCUCAAGAAGCGCCUCAAGUCACGACAGAAGGAGGCCGAGAAGGCCAAGAAGGCAGCCAGCGCGCCGGCCAAGCCCGCGGGGCAAAGGCCGCCGGCGGAGUUGACGCCGAACCAGUACUUUGAAAUCCGGAGCCGCACCAUCAACAAGCUCCGUGAGACCAAGAGCCCGAACCCGUACCCCCACAAGUUCCACGUCACGUACGACAUUGCCAAGUUUGCCGAGGAGUUUGGCUACCUCAAGAGCGGCGAGACGGCGCGGGACAAGGUGAUCCAGGUGGGCGCGAGGGUAUUUACCAAGAGGUCUUCGGGGUCCAAGCUCUUCUUCUACGACGUGAGGAACGAGGGCGUCAAGGUGCAGGUGAUGUGCCAGGCGCAGGAGGCCAAGGCGGAUGGUGUGCCUUUUGAGGCACAGCAUGAGCAUUUGAGGAGGGGUGAUAUUGUCGGAAUCGUUGGUUUCCCUGGACGAACCGCCCCCAAGUCGCGAAUUGCCAAGGGCGAGGAGGGAGAGCUCUCCAUCUUUGCUACCGAGAUUAUCCUCCUCACGCCUUGCUUGCACGCCAUCCCCGACGAGCACUAUGGUUUCAAGAACCACGAGGAGCGCCAUCGCAAGAGGUACCUCGAUCUCAUCAUGAACGAUACCACGCGCAAGACGAUUAUUACCCGAUCCAAGAUCGUCACUUAUAUCCGCCGUUUCUUCGAGGACAACGGUUUCAUCGAGGUAGAAACUCCCGUCCUCAACGCCAUUGCUGGUGGUGCGACUGCCAAGCCCUUUGAGACGCAUCACAACGAUCUGGACAUGCAAAUGUACAUGCGUAUCGCUCCUGAGCUUUACCUGAAGAUGCUUGUCGUUGGUGGUAUCAACAAGGUGUUUGAGAUUGGCAAGCAGUUCCGAAAUGAGGGCAUCGACUUGACUCACAACCCCGAGUUCACCACCGUCGAGUACUACGAGGCGUUUGCGGAUUUCCAUGAUGUCUCCACGCGUACCGAGGUCCUCAUCUCGGGUCUCGUCAAGGCCAUCACCGGCAGCUACGUGACCAAGUUCACCAACCAGCACGGCAAGGAGUUUGAGAUCAACUGGGAGGCCCCCUGGCGACGCAUUGACAUGAUUCCCGAGCUUGAGAAGAUCACCGGCGAGACGUUCCCUCCUGGCGAUCAACUCCACACCGCUGAGACCAACGAGUUCUUGAAAAAGGUUCUCAAGAAGAUGAAUGUUGAGUGCACGCCGCCUCUCACCAACUCUAGGAUAAUCGACUGUCUCGUCGGAGAGUUCCUAGAGUCGCAGUGCAUAUCUCCUACCUUCAUCGCCGGCCAUCCCCAGGUCAUGUCGCCUCUUGCCAAGUACCACCGCGAGUUCCCCGGUCUCUGCGAGCGUGCUGAGGUCUUCGUCGCCACCAAGGAGAUUGCCAACUUUUACACCGAGUUGAACGAUCCCUUUGAUCAGAGGCUGCGAUUUGAGGAGCAGGCUCGUCAGAAGGAUGCUGGUGAUGAGGAAGCCACCCUCAUCGACGAGAACUUCUGCACAUCUCUAGAAUACGGCCUUCCGCCCACUGGUGGUUGGGGUCUCGGCGUCGACCGCCUCGUCAUGUUCUUGACUAAUAACUACUCCAUCCGCGAGGUCAUUGCUUUCCCCUUCAUGAAGGAGGAGCAGAAGCGGGAUGACAAGAAGCUCGCCGCUGAAGUAGCCGGCAUUGAGCCCCUUCCCGUCGAGGAAGUCCCUCGCAAGUAA